UACAAAUCGUAAUAAACUAAUAGCAUUAAGGUGUUGGCAGAAUUACAACGAAGGUGAAAAGGAGAGAAUCGGACAUCGUCAGUAUCAGAGAUGGCGAGAGUAGAAGUUCUGAGCGCGUACCGUGCGCUUCUGAAGGCCACUCGGAAAACAUUUGCCGGCGACACUCUGAUGCUGAAGGAGUCUGCGGUGGAGGUUCGGAAGAAGUUCGAGGAGAACAGGAACGUCACCUCCAAUACAGAGAUCCAGAAGCUUCUCGAAGAGGCCGGCGAGGCCUCCCAUUUCAUCACCAACAUGCUCGUCCAGGCACAACUUAAUUCCGAUGCCGGCAGUUACGUAGUGAAGCCUGGUAAAGAGCAUGCAGGGGCAAUGCUUGAACUUCCUUCAGAAGAAACUAUUCGGAAGUCGGGAUAAGGACAGGAGCUAAGAGGUUAGAACGAAAUGUUUCCUCUUCUAGAUUGUUUAUUUUUGUUUAGGAUCUACAAGUCGUGUUGUUAGUGCUUUUAUGGGAGUGCUUGAAAUUUUCUGCUUAAUUCCUUUUUGUAGUAGUAGCUUUUUCUUGUCAAUACCUUUGUUUCCUUUCAAAUUUAUCGAGCGGAGUGACACAAAAUAGAGAUGAUGGGUAAAAGUGUAUUCUACCCUUAUCCUACUCUAUGUUUGUUGUGUGAUUGCCUAAGGUAGCUUAUUUAUGGCCAUUUUUCAGAUUAUUUAAUUGAUGAAGGUUAUACUUACAACC